UAAUUGUAUGGCUUCUUAAAAAUUUAUGGAAUUCUUAUCUAGCAAUGAUAAGUUAAGAAUGAAUGAUAUGAAACUGAUUGAAUAAGAAUAAUAUUAUAUCAGCUAAUUAAAAGAUUAAAGGGAAAAAGUAAAAAGUAAUUUUAAUGAUAGAUGGAAUUAUUAAAAAUUGAAUUUAUAAAGAAGGAUCAUGUUAUAUUAGAUUUAUAGGAACAUUUGGAAUAAUUAUAGGAAGAAUGCGAAUAACUUAGAGAAAUAUAUUAAGAACAUGUACAAAAUUAGGAAAAUGAAUUUUACAGAUUGAAUAAAUUAUAGGUAGAAAAAGAUAAUUUAAUGAAAGACAAUAUAGAAUUAAAGGAUGUAAUAUAACAUUUACGAAAUGAAAAUGAAACAUUAAAUGUAUUCAAAAUUAAAUUAUUUCAUAGUCGUUAUAAUUUAAAAAUGACGAUUAGUAAAGAUAGUUAUAAGAAUAAUUGGUUUUAUUAUCAGAAGAAAAUUCAAGAUUAAAGUCAGAAAUUGCUAAAUUGGAUGAACUUUUAUUUACAUAUGAACCUUUAAAAGAUGAAAAUGAAAAACUGAAUGAAAAACUAAAAUACUAUAAGCACGAAAAACAUAAAUUAUCUUAAGAAUUAAAAUAAGGAAAAUAAGAGGUUAAUAGAUAAAUAGAAGAAUUUAAGUCAGGAUAUGUUAAAGAUUUAAAGAAUGAAAUUUAAAGAUUGCAAGAAUACAAAGAACAAUAUCAAUCAUUAAAAAUGCAAUUUCAAGACUUAUAAUAAAAAUGUAUUGAAAUUGAUAAUGAAAAUAAUGAUUUAAAGUAAGAAAUAAAAUCCCUUUAUGAGAAAGAAGAAAGUGAAAUUAAAAUAAAAUCAGAGAUAGAUAGAGUAAAUAUAUAAUUUAAAAUUUAAGGUUAGAUAAGAUUUAAUGUCAGUAAGAUACUAAGAGACAUUGAAAUUAAAUGAAUUAUUUAAUGGUAUGAUUAGUUUGAGCAGUUUAGCAAACUCUAGAGAUCAUUUUAAUUGA